GGCAAGCUGUGUGCUUCCCCUGUUUUCUGACCUCUUCCCUCCCAGCUCUCUAGCACCUCAGUGGCCCCUCCUCAGCAGCACAUUUGGCUUAGCCUGGAGCAAGAGGCCAGAGAUAUCUUGCAAAGUCUUAGGCAAAAGGUCUGGCCUGGAGAAAGUGUGAGUCUUCCUAGGGCACCGGCUGGGCGGAGCUUAGGGUAAGCUGCCUGUUCUUUCUCGGCUCACACCUCACUCUAGAGCUCCUUUGUGCUGGCAGCCUAACCAGAGAGAGAAUGAACAGCUCCUACGCCAUGAAGACCUGCGCGCUCAUCCUUCUUGUGGCCCUAUUGUGUGCAGAACGAGCUCAGGGUCUCCGCUGCUACCAGUGCCUGGGGGUCACAUCACAGGCUUCCUGCCAGCCGGCUACCUGCCCUCACCCUGAUGGAGUCUGCGUCUCUCAGGAAGUGGAAGUUAUGGGGGACUCUCAGAAAGUGAAAGGGAAGAACAAAUUCUGCCUUCCUGACUGUCCCAAGGACACCAGCGACCUCGAAAAUGUCCAAUUCAUCGGCACCAUCAUCAACUCCAAGAUUUCUUGUUGCAAGGGGGACCUCUGCAAUUCAGCAGUCCUGGUUGGGGGCAGCAGCUGGGCCCUGGUAGGGGCACUCCUGUUCAGCCUAGGGGGAAUUCUCCUGCAGACCCUGCUGUGAUAGUCCUUCCUGCCACCUCCCCUCUCUCCAGUUCUUAUACCCCAGGGUAUAACCACUCCUCUCCGGCACCCCUUAAGUGAUGAAUUAUGUUACAAGAAUUGUGAUGUGGACCUGGCCUACAUUGGCCUCACAGUUCCUGUUGAACAGGUGCCCUUAACCUGUCACCAGGGCUUUCAGCUUGGCACCUCCUAGGAGGCCAUUUUCCUGUGGUUAGCUGUUCUGCACCCUGGGAGGCAUGAGAACCACACCCAGAAGGGAUAGGAGUUCCCUGCCACCACUGUCCAAGAAUGCAUGUCCUCCAGUGACUGGGGCCCCGCAGGCCUUCCACAGAAGCUGUUCAAUCCCACAACUGAGUCCAAUAAAUGUUUUGUUCUCCCA